GUGGGCGCCAGAAUGGAGAGGGGGAUGGGAAGGAAUCCAGCAGGAGACCUGGGGUGGAGGUGGGCGCCAGGCAAAAGUCGGGUGGGGGAGUGCGGUGAGCUACAUGAAAAGGGGGUAAGAACAGGAGCCAGACAAGGAUUUGAAGGUGAGCUCCAGGAAGCAAGGGCGGUGGGUAUCAGGGAAGUGGUUAGGGUAGGCAGGGUUUGUUGUGGACAGCAGCUGGGAUACUCAGGGAAGGAGGUCAGUGGGUGCCGGUCAAGGCCGCUUUGCAGGGGAUUGGGAGUGGACUCCAGUGGCAGCAAGGGGUUCAGGGAGGGCUGUGGGCUCUGAGCUAGGAGGACGUGGCCCAGCCACUUCUGCAGAGUUCCUAACCACAGACAGCUCUACUGCACCACUCCAGCCUUUCCCCACAGCCCAAAGGAACUUAGGAGGGAGAGCACUGCAGGCAUGCAGCCAGAUUUCCAGCAUUGCUUCCAGGCUCCUAGGGGAACCUUAGGCACUAGCGCAGAGUAUAUCCAGACAUGGCUAUAGGGAAAAGUUUGCCUCGUGGCACACUGGAUAUGUCUCUCUAUCCUCUCUCCUCCCCCAGCAGGCAUGAAGACCCCCAACGCACAGGAAGCCGAAGGGCAACAAACCAGGGCAGCUGCAGGACGGGCCACUGGGUCUGCAAACAUGACAAAGAAAAAAGUCUCCCAAAAGAAGCAGAGAGGCAGACCUUCAUCCCAGCCCCGCAGGAACAUCGUGGGAUGCAGAAUUUCUCAUGGAUGGAAAGAAGGAGAUGAGCCCAUCACCCAGUGGAAAGGAACCGUUCUGGAUCAGCUACUUGAUGAUUAUAAGGCAGGUGACUUCCGCAUCACUCCAGAAUCAAGUGUGUCUCAUGCAGUGAAGAAGGAGCCAGAAGGAUUUAUAGAUAGCCUAAUAGAUAAACAUGUGGAAUAUACCAAAGAAGAUGGCUCCAAAAGGUCAGGCAAGGUCAUCCACCAAGUUAAAGCCAAACCUAUGUAUUUCAUCAAGUUUGAUGAUGACUUCCAUAUCUAUGUCUACGAUUUGGUGAAAACGUCUUGUUAG